UUGGCAAUGCAAAUGUCCAAGUUUCUCUUAGUAUAAUAUAAAUAAAAUGUAUUGAUAAUACAAGAACCAUGUGACCCAGAUUUAGCAACAUUCUUAAAAACUAAGAGCCUUUGGCUCGUCAUAAAAUCUUGAAUUUCAGACCUAUGAGAAAAGCUCCUUCAUAGAGAAGAUACUUCAUAAAUGUGUGCUGGACAGCCCCAUGACUUCUCAUCACCUGAGGGGCUGGGAACUCCUGAGGAUGGAGGCCUGCUAAGACCAUGGCAAAAAGAAGAAUGAGCAGGAAUGCGCGUGACCUUUGAGUCUUUUUUUUUUGCCCUGCAGUUCAGCCACCUGCUGAAGCGACCCUUCUUAGAGCAACCGGGGCGCUUUUCACAGUCGUUUAAUUGGUUUCAUGACCAAACUGAGCGGAAAAACUGUGACCGUCAUGACCUCAUUGGUGCCCCCCUGCAGGCUGUUUGCUGGAGUCGGUGUCGUCGGCUGAACCGGAGUGGAGGCGGGUUUUGGUUGUUGCGGGUUGCGUCAUUUCCGGACAGAGGACGGCGAGACACGUCGGAGCCGCAGCUUCUCAGUCGCUGUAGUAACGUCCGUGCGUGGAUCGGGAGGCUCGGCGCUGCGCGUUUGGAGUUCCACGGCUGUUUUCUUGGCGUUUUUCCUGUUCCGGUUUGGUGAAACCUGAGACGCAGCGGAGGACUGAGGUCCGGACGCGGAGCGGAGACGCGCGUUUGAACUUUUUCUGCUGUUUGUCAGCGUCUUGGACUUGCUUCACCUUCGCUGGCAGCUUUUUUUUUUUUCAUACAGUGAAUGAAAUCAGCUGAACUCCAGGUGUGGGGGUUUGUUUUCUUUCCUGGAGGGGGCUGAUCACGGAGCGGCGGACACCAGAGAAGCGGCGGCUCGGCAGCCACCUGACCUCCUGGAAAAUAAGACGGCAGCUGAUGACACUCCGGCUCAGAGCCUUACGUGGCGCAUUAAGCUCUCUGUGGAAACGAGGCGUUUACUUAUAUAACUUCAGGUAACUCCCAAGUCAUUUGCUGGAAUUAAAUUAUUUGGACUCUAACCUUCAUCCGGUGCGUUUGGGUGACGCCGCAUGAGCCCCAACAUGCGUGGAACAGGAGCGCAGGAGGGCACGCCGCUCUGAUCCCGCGCCACCACCCGCUCAUGCGCGUGUCCUAACCCGCAGCGGUGUGGCGCCGUGUCCGAGCCCCUCUGCAAGGAUGAGCAGCACCGACCUGGAGCGCAUGUCGCUCAGCUCUUCCGCGAACUCGGUGGCCUCCAGCGCGCGGACGCUGUCGGCCAACGUCAGGAAGCUCCACAACGCGCUCAACCUCCUGCUCAACGACUUCGAGAGGGAGCAGUUCAUCCACUGCCUGAACGUCUACCACUCCAAGAGGAACGUGUACGACCUGGUGCAGACGCUCAACGUCAUCCUUAACGCGCCCAGCAAGCGGCAACUUCUGCCCAUGCUGCGGCUGGUCAUCCCGCGCUCAGACCAGCUGCUCUUCGAGCAGUACACCUCAGAGGGCCUGUACCUGAAGUCGGAUUUAGUUGCGAGCAAUGGCACCCCAGAACCGCCCCCGGGGGACUUCCCCGGUGGCAACCCCACGACACCGGGUCAUUUGUCGCCCAUCCAGCCGGCCGACGGUCAGGUGGCGCUGCGCGGCUCUCCGGACAGCUUCAGCACCAGCAGCGAUGGGACAGCUCCGCUGGUGCCGCUCCUCGGGAGGAACUUCAUCCACGAGCCCCCGGGCGAGCUGCGCCAGGUCACCAUGAAGAGGCACAAGAGCCAGGAGGGGCUGGGCUUCAGCAUCCGCGGCGGCUCGGAGCACGGCGUGGGCAUCUACGUGUCUCUGGUGGAGCCGGGGAGCCUGGCGGAGAAGCAGGGGCUGCGGAUCGGUGACCAGAUCAUGAAAGUCAACGACAAAGUCUUCGACAAAGUGACGCACGCAGAAGCGGUGAAGGUGCUGAAAGGCAGUAAAAAGCUUUCCCUCUCCGUGCGUUCAGUGGGAAGGAUUCCAGGCGGAUAUGUCACCAACCAUGUUUAUACCUGGGUUGACCCUCAAGGUCGCAGCGUGUCGCCUCCUCCUGAUCUGCCUGAGCAUCGGAGCGCCACCCUGAGGAGGACUGACAGCCAGCGGCGCAGCAACAUGCAGCUUCUGCAGGAGGGAGACGAGAAGAAGGUCAACUUGGUUCUGGAUGACGGCCGGUCUCUGGGUCUCAUGAUUAGGGGCGGAGCUGAAUACGCACUGGGAAUUUACAUCACCGGAGUGGACAAGGGGUCGGCAGCAGAGUGCGGUGGACUCAAGGUCGGAGACCAGAUCUUGGAGGUAAACGGCCACAGCUUUCUGAGCAUCCCGCACGAGGACGCCGUCAAGGUACUCAAAUCGUCACGGCACCUGAUGAUGACGGUGAAAGACGUCGGCCGCCUGCCGCACGCCAGGACGGUUGUAGGAGAGACCAAGUGGAUCGCCAGUUCGCAGAUCGCAGAGAGUUCUGCCAACAGCAGCAUGGCCAGCUUCUCGGUGGAGCAAGGAGCAUCUGUAGCGGGAAAGCCUGGCUUUUAUAAGGGUGUGGCCGGCUCCCAGGUGACUCUGUCCAGCCUGGUGAACCAGUCGAGAGCGAUGCUGGAGGAGCAGGCGCGCCACCUGUUGACCGAGGCGGAGCGUCAGACCAUGAACUACUACGUGGAGGAGUAUCGGGACGGACACGUGGGAGUGGAGCAGCUAGUUAUGGCGCUGUUUGAGCUUCUGAACACACAUGCAAAGUUCUCCCUGCUGUCGGAGGUGCGAGGGCUGGUCACCCCACAGGACCUGGAGCGCUUUGACGGGCUGGUGCUGCGGCGUGAAAUCCAGGCGCUGAAGGCGCGGCAGGGAGCGGCUGGAGCCUCUGCGGUGCCGCCGGACUCCCUGUCCAUGGUGUCGUAUCCGGACACGCUGACCUCCUCCUCAGCCAGCUUCAUGACCAACACCACCCUCAGUUCUGCACGGAAUGACAGCGUGGCAGAGAGCAACGAGGAGGAGCCAGCGGAGAGCCUGAACAUGCUGCUCACCGACAUUUCUCUGGAUGAUGUUCAGUCAACCACAGCUGAGUCCCCUCCCUCCUUCAAGCCUCCGCCCCCACCUGGGGCGCAGAGGCAUCCAAAUAGACGGGAUGUGGCGAAGAAGUGUCCCUCGUCCGAAUCCUCUCACUCGGGCUUGUUCUUCACAGCCCCCCCGUCUCAUGUCCACAGCAGGGGCCCAGCCCACAGCCCCGCCUCCCCCAAUUUACACCGCAAACAAGACCGCCCCAAAGACCCGUCUCUGGAUUAUACUGCCAUCAAAAAAAAGGAGCCCCCGCCCCCACCAAAGAAAGACAAAAUAUCUUCUGCCAACUUGGCAACUGUUGCCCAGCAUAACAUCGGCCCUUUUCCCAGGGCACACUCCCCAAGCAGGGGUCCCAAACUGGCCGCCCCCACGCCUUCACCUCCACCACCGCCACCACUGCCCGCUCCUCCCCCUCCCCCUUCCCUGCAUCUUAAGCCAGCUUCUGUGUCCAAAUCGUCCCAGUCCUUGUCUCCCGCGUCCAAACCGCAGUUUGUUACCGUGGAGGUUCACAGGCCCAACGCUGAACCUGACGUGAAUGAGGUGCGGCCGCUCCCCCAAGCUCGAGGUGGCGCCUUUUCUCAGCUGUCAGACAGCGGACAGACUCUCAGUGAGGACAGCGGCGUGGACAUCGCCGAGUCGGGACAUAGCAAAGACCUAAGCCCCCAUUCCUCACGCACAUGCCUCCCCCGGGACACAAAGGCCUGUGGAGGGGACAACCCCUCCAAACCGCCGGGGCUGUUGGAGCCCACCUCCACUCUGGUGAGGGUGCCAAAGAGUGCCAGCACCCUGGGCAUCGCCAUCGAGGGUGGAGCCAACACCCGACAGCCGCUGCCACGAAUCGUCACGAUACAAAGGGGCGGUUCAGCUCAUAACUGUGGCCAGCUGAAGGUGGGUCAGAUCAUCCUGGAGGUAAACGGUGUUUCGCUCAGGGGCCGUGAGCACAGAGACGCCGCGCGCCUCAUUGCUGAGGCUUUUAAGAACAAAGAAAGAGACUACGUGGACUUCCUGGUGACCGACUUCAAUGUGGCUCUAUAGCUGUGAGCCGGAGAGGGGGACCCGACAAAGUAGUACCCAUAGGAGUGCGGUUCACACAGAUGACCACAGAGACGUCCAAGCAGAUUUAAAUGGCACAACUCUUAGAAUAAUCGAGCCCUUCCUCUCUCGUUCUAAAGCCUGAACACGAUACUGUUCUUCACGCUACGAGGCAUUACUCCCAGCCUGGGACCCCCACAGGACUGCAACCUCCCCACUGUGACCUCAUAUUCACUGCAGUGGGGGCGGUGAAUCUUUGAUCUGUCUGGUGAAAGUGAUGGACUCACAGCUAUAUCUGACCUGAAACCACCCACCUCCACUUUGUGUUCCUUUCGUUUUGCUUUUGUCUGAGAACGGAGCGCACGGAUGCUUGACUUUACAAGUUUGGAUUUCUACUGUAUGUAAAAAUGGAUAAAUGUAGAUACAGAUGGAUAUAUACUGUACACAUGAAAAUACCCCUAUAUGAAUAAAGAAAACUAUCUUUAACCGCU